AUGCGGUUACUACCAUUUACUCUGCAGGCGGCAGCAGGCGAGGUGAGCGCGGCCGAGCUCCGCUUCGUGCUGCGCCGCUUCCCCCUCAUCCGCACGUUGCGCAUCCGCUUCUUCGGCCCCACCGUGCUUCCGGAGGCUCCGCGGGAGCAGCGCGCGGAGGACCGCCACCACAAGCGCCCGGGCGGAGGGGGAGUGCGGGCGGCGGGAGUAACAGGGGUUGGGGACGGCGGAACGGGGGCUGGGGAAGGCGGAACAGGAGCAGGGGGAGGCGGAACAGAGGCUGGGGGAGGCGGAACAGGGGCUACUAUUAUUAGGGGAGGAGGAACGCGGAGAGAACCUCAAGCCGCGGCGGCGGCGGCGGUGGGUGACUCCACUCCGCUCGCCUCCAUCCCCGCGUUUCCCAUCAGCGACGCGGAUGUUCUCGACGGGUCAGCCAUCGUGCGGCUGCUCUCUCUCAACACGCCCCUGCAGAUCCAACAGGUGGCAGGCACACAGGUGGAAUACCUCUCCAUCUGUAACUGCGGCGAGUUCGAGGUUCACCAGGGAUUAAGAACGUACAUGUGCGACACGAUUGCCACGUGGGGGCGCAGUAUUAGGCACAUUGAGAUGCACGACCCAAUGCCUUCCGCGGAUGAGUUUUGGAAGUGUGUGGAGGGGCACCCGGCGCUUAGCAAAGUGACGGUGUAUAAUUGCACGCACUUAACGGACGGGUUUCUGCGCCACGUGGCCAAGUGCGGGGGGCUCAAGGAGAUCUCGAUCGCCAGCUGUCCGAACGUGAGUGGCGGCGGAUUUGCUGAGCUGGCGGUGAUGUGUCCCGGAUUGGAGGGGAUGGUUUUGGAAGAUCUGACUUUGUCCGUUGUGCCACAAGCAAAGAAAGCGCGCAGUGCGCCUGGAAGAGGGCGCGAGGGCGGGGGAGGGGUGGGGGAAGGGAGAGCGGAAGAGAGUGGGGAAUGGGAAGGUAGAGGGAUAGGGGAAGGGAGAGGGAUAGGGGGGGGGAGAGGGGUCGGUGAAUGGGAAGGGAGAGAGGAAGAGAGGGUGGGGAGAGCAGCGGGAGGGGAAGCGGAAAGGAUGCGGGGAGAGGAAGGGGAAAUGGAGCGGGGCGGGGGAGGGGAGGAUGUGCGCAUGGGCGAGGGGGGAGGAGAGGUGGAGAGAGGGGCUGGCGGCAUGGAGGGUGGGUAUUGGCGGGAGGAGGACAGGGCGCAUGAGGGCACUGGGCGGGCGGAUGGGUUGGAUGGGGCGGAGAGGGCAAAUGAGGGGGAUGGGUGGGAUGGGGCGGUGGGGCCGAGUGGAGAGGCAGAGGCAGCAGCAGAGGGGCAAGCAGGAGCAGAAGGGAGGGAAGCAGCAGGAAGGGGAGGGAAUCUCGCUGCCUCCUUCCCCAACCUCUCCUCCUUGAAAAUCAUCAACUGCGUGCUCGAUGCUCAUUGGCUGGAAAUGUUUGCCGGGCAGCUGCCCGCCCUGCGCAGGCUGACCGUCAUGGCCUGCCCAGACCCGCUUAACCGCUUUUUUCUGACCGCUGCCCGAACAGCUGCCCGGCUGGAAAGUGUUGAGAUAGUGGACUGCGAGGGUGGCAGGGAGAUGGAGGAGAGGGAGGAGGCAGAAGAGGAGGAGAGGCAGGAGGAGGAGAAUGGGGAGGAGAAGGAAGAGGAGGGGGAGGAGAAGGAGGAUGGGAGGGAGGCACUGGAGGGGUUGGAUGGGCUCUCCGAUUCCUUCCUGCUGCUCGCUGCUGCCACCUGCCCCCGCCUCUCCACACUCGCUGUGGAGUACUGCAGAGUGGAGCUGGGUGCAGAGUGGAGCUGGGUGCAGAAUGGUGCUGGGUGCAGAGUGGUGCUGGGUGCAGAGUGGUGCUGGGUGCAGAGUGGUGCUGGGUGCAGAGUGGUGCUGGAUGUUGUGCAGUGGUGGUUGUUUGUGUACUUUUUGGGAUACCUCAGAGGCGCGGUUCAUCCUUCUCGUGCCACCACCUGCAGCACAUUUGCUUGUCUGAUUCCUUUCCUUCCCAGCCUCUCACUUCAUUUCCCUCCACUAUCCACUCACGCCCAAUCCGCCCUCACUCCCGCUCUCCCUGCUUUCUCCUCACAGGGAGAUCUCAGAGGCGGGGCUCAUUCCCCUUGUGCAGUCGUGCCGCUGCCUGCAGCACAUGUGCUUCUCUGGCUUCCGCGCCGGCCACCUCUCACUUCGUUUCCCCCAACUGUCCUCUCCCAUGCCCAAUCCUCCCUCCCUCACAGGGAGAUCUCAGAGGCAGGGCUCAUCCCGCUCGUGCAGUCAUGCCACAGCCUGCAGCACAUGUGCUUCUCUGGCUUCCGUGCCAGCCACCUCUCCGACCUUCUCCUUCACACCAUCGCCUCGCACUGCCCGCUGCUCUCCACCCUCUCCCUUCGCGCCUGUAACGGGGUUACCACACAGGGCGUCGUGCGUGUGCUGCAGGGGUGCGGGCAAAUCGCGAGGUGCCAGCUGGCGCGGUGUCAGGAGGUGGAUGAGGAGUGGGUGGUGAGGGCCGCGAGGGAGGUUGGGGAGGUUCGGGCGAGAGGAGCAGGAGGGAGUGGAGCAGCAGGAGGAGCAGUAGAGGUGCUGGGGAGAUGCCUGUGA